AGGUCUUUGUGUGUUCGUUCGUUCUUCGAAUUCGCCUUCGUUUCUGGUAGCUGUGAAAAAAUCUAUUAAAAAUACUAAAAAAAUAGGAAAACGAGGGACACACAUUACAAAUUUUGCAAAAUAUUCAAGUGAAAAGCAUUAAAUUCAAUUAAUUCGAAAGCAAAAAGCAUUCGAAAUAUAAAAAAUAGACAAAUUUGCAAGUUGAAAAUAAUAGAAAAAAUAAACCCACCAAUCAAACGAACGACGACCGACCAACGCUCGAUAUAUUAAAAGAAAGAAAAAAACGCAGCAAAAAGAGAACAAAAGAAAAAAAUAUGGUUGACAUAAUAAAUAUUGACAGCAUCAUAUCACGGCUCUUGGAAGUGCGUGGGGCUAGGCCUGGCAAGAAUGUACAACUGUCGGAGAGUGAAAUAAGAGGCUUGUGCCUGAAAUCACGCGAAAUCUUCUUGUCUCAACCGAUACUGUUGGAAUUGGAGGCCCCAUUAAAAAUUUGCGGCGACAUUCAUGGUCAGUACUACGACUUAUUGCGUUUGUUUGAAUAUGGUGGUUUCCCACCCGAGUCAAAUUACUUAUUUUUGGGCGAUUAUGUUGAUCGUGGCAAGCAGUCCUUAGAAACAAUUUGCUUACUGUUGGCUUACAAGAUUAAGUACUCGGAGAAUUUCUUCUUGUUGCGUGGUAAUCACGAAUGUGCCAGCAUUAAUCGCAUCUACGGCUUCUACGAUGAGUGCAAACGUCGCUACACCAUUAAAUUGUGGAAAACAUUUACCGACUGCUUCAAUUGCUUGCCGGUAGCUGCCAUUGUGGACGAGAAGAUAUUCUGUUGCCACGGCGGUCUCAGUCCAGAUCUCACAACCAUGGAGCAGAUCCGUAGAAUUAUGCGUCCCACUGAUGUUCCAGACCAAGGUCUAUUGUGUGAUUUGCUGUGGUCCGAUCCCGACAAAGAUACCAUGGGCUGGGGUGAGAAUGAUCGUGGUGUAAGUUUCACAUUUGGAGCAGAAGUUGUUGGUAAAUUUCUACAGAAGCAUGAAUUUGAUUUGAUUUGCCGUGCACAUCAAGUGGUAGAGGACGGAUACGAGUUCUUUGCUAAACGUCAAUUGGUAACACUGUUCUCGGCACCCAACUAUUGCGGUGAGUUUGACAAUGCAGGAGCCAUGAUGUCCGUAGACGAUACUCUGAUGUGCUCUUUCCAAAUAUUGAAACCAGCUGAUAAGCGUAAAAAGUAAAUGAUGAUUUAGUUAACUACUAAAAAGCGAAAUACUUCCUUUGUAAUUGUACAUCAACAUCAUACAAAACAAAAACAACAAAACAUAAACACAAACAAAAGUAUAAAUAGAAUAAAACAUCCUCCCACUACACCCUUGUCUCCUUUUAUUCCCACAAAUUUCAGAAGCUAUCUUCCCAACACCCACCUUUAAUUGGAUAUUAUUAAUCAUUCAUAUCUGCUCUUAACACCACUUUCCUCUCGUCAACUUUAACUUAAUCCUACAAUCAUUUCUAAUGUCUUGCAUGAUUGAGCAUGUACAACUUUAGUUUAAACUAAAAACAUUGGAUUUGAAUCGUGUAAUGUUAAACAAAAUCUAUGUUUUAAUCAAAUGUGAGUGAUUUUUUAUGUGAAGAUUUCAUCAAGUAUUUGCCAAAAUAAAAUUAAAUUAGACAUCAUGACACACAAAAUACAAAAAAAAAAUAAGAUCUUUUUACUCCAAAAUACGGCACAUAGUUUUAAAACUAUGUACAAUAAAGAAUUCAACGUAAAAUAUUUAGUAUCAGCAAGAGGAUGCGUUGCAUAUGGAAUAGAGUGCAGUCAUCAAUAUUUAUAAAAUGUAGUAGACUAUUGUUUUUUUCUGCUCUAAUUUUUCUAUUAUAUUUUCUACUUGUAUUAUUAGAUUAUUUUUUUAUUUAAAAUAUUGGACGUGUUUUUUUCUAUUUUCUUUACAUAUACCUUUAUAACUUGCAUUCUUAUCAAAUUUACGUAUAAAUUAAAAAUUUGACCGAUCGAUCUAAUCUAUAAAUUGACCUUCCUCCCCCUCUCCCCCGUUUUCCUCUCCACAUACUUUUUAUGAUGUAAACAAAACAAAAAUACAAAAACAAGAUGUGUUUUAUAUAAAUAUAUUUUCAACUAAAAAAAAAGAAAACAAAACAAAAAUAUUCAUUAAUUAUAUUCAAAAUCUGUAUUAUUAAAACAACUACAUGAAAAUAUCCUUUAUAUUGAAUAAAAAUAAAAUAAAACAAAAAUGUAAAUUAAA